UUGAACGUAAUAGGAAAAAAUGUCCAAAGAUUUUCGUCUAUUUGAAUUUUUUUUUAAAUUGUAAACUUUUCUACUGAAGUUUUUAUAGUUAGUAGUUUUGCAUAUAUUUAUUUUGUCAGAUAUAAAGGUUAUAAUAUAUAUCUGUAAAAAUGCUAUUUUUACAAUCGUUGCUUUGCGUCUUCAUCGUCACGCAAGCAAUGCCUUAUGAAAAGACGUGUAAAAAUCAUUUUGGUAAAAAUCAAAAGCAGUUAUUUCGAUUCACUGGAAUUGUUGAGAAUGGAAUUGCCGGUACAACAAACAAUGUAACAAAAAUAAAAAUUACAGCUGAUGUUACUAUUUCAAACUGGAACUUAUGCAAAUUUUAUCUACAACUAUCAAAAGUUACAUUUCAUCAAUCUCUUGGUGAAAGUGAAAGUGAAAAGUUUGAACCACUUCCUGCAUAUGACCUUGCUAAUCGUUUAACUAAGUAUCCCCUACUUUUUUAUAUGAAUGAAGGUCAUGUCAUAAAGGUUCAACCAUCUGUUGAAUCAACACAACCAGAUGUUUUAAAUAUACAACGUGGAAUUUUAAGUAUGCUUCAAGUUAAAAACUUUAAUGACAUUGGCAAUGUUAACGAUGUUUCAGGAAGUUGCAAGACUAUUUAUUCCAUACUUAAACACAAGAAAUCUGUUCCUCAAGAAAAUAUUUUAUUAAUUAAAAAAGUUAAAGAACUUCAAACUUGUAAUCAUGAAAUCACGCAUUCAAACAUUAUUGGAAAUCCUUACUCAUUCUCAGGAGGAAUGAAAAAUUUUAAUGAAAGAGUCAAUUUUGAACAAUCACAGUCAUCAAUUCUGGAAUCUAAUUCACAUUGUUUUUAUAAGAUGGAUUUAAAAAAUCAAGCACAACUUAUAGAUAUUCAAUGUGAAGAAAAUUUUCUUGUGAAAGCAUUUUCAAGUGAUUAUAAAGCUGGUGCCUUUGUUAAAAGCAGAUCAUCAAUGAUCAUGGUAUCCGAGCAAAAGAUGUUUUCAUGGGUUGAUGCUUACACAAAUUUUUAUGUUACUUCAAUUAAAUAUGACCACAACCAUCAACACACUCCUCCUAAAGUGCCAAGUGUAGUAAAAGUAAGUAAUCUGCUGGACACACUAUCAAAAGAACAUUUUUCUGAGAGUAAAUUUGAUACUGCUGAAAAGUUCAUUGAUUUUGUUGCAUCUUUGAGGCAACUUACUUCAAAUGAUAUUUUUUCCAUUCUUCAAUCAGUGGAAAUGGAUAAACCUUCUGUUAGGAGUUUUUUAUUGGAUGCUUUAGCCCAAUGUGGGAGUCAUGAAUGUCUUUCAAUGUUGUUCAAUGCAAUUCAAAAAAAUGUGCAGUUACAAAAAGAAUCUCAUCGUUUUAUGCCAUACAUUGCUUUUAUUAAAGAACCAUCCCCAGAAAUAAUCCGUCUAUUAAUGGGAAUACACCAACAAACAAAAAAUCCAUCAAUGUUAUUAGCUUUAUCAACUUUGGUGCAUAAACUCUGUUUACACAGAGCUGAAGAGUGCAGCACAUCUGGAGAUAUUGGAAAGGUAGUUGAAGAUGUUGAAUACUACCUUCUGCGAUUGCUUGGAAAUAAUUGUCAGGUAACAAAUAGUGCUGUGCUUAGCGACAUUUAUUUUGCAUUAAAAGGCAUUGGAAACAUUGGGAGAUCAGUUAAAGCAUUGCCACUUAUAAUGGAUUGCAUACGUAAUGCAAAGCAUUCAAAUGUCAGUGUUGCUGCAAUACAGUCAAUGAGAAAAAUGAAAAUUCCAGAUGCUGUUAUUGAAAAUUUAAGAGAAAUUCUUGCAGAUAAAAGUGAAGAUUUUGAAAAAAGAGCAGAAAUCUUUUUGCAGCUAAUGAAAAAUCCAAGUCGUGAGGAUAUAAUUCUUGCAAUUGAUCUAGCAAAUGAUCAAGAAGAAUCUGGCCAAGUAAAGUCAUUUAUUACAUCUUUUUUAAAAAGUGCUGCAUCAAAUGAAGAUCCAACAAAACAAAAAUUGAAAAAUCUUUUCAAACAAACAGUUGAAAAAUAUCCUUUGAUUGAUUUUAACCCCUCAGCAUACCAAUACUCCAAGUUUAUUCAAAAGUCGGCAAAUAUAUUUCAGACAUCUGCAGCAAUUGAUGCAAUGAUCCUUUAUCAUCCUGAAAGUUUUGUUCCACGGGCAUUGAGACUUAAUUUCACUACACACAUGUUAGGAUUCUCAGUAAAUGCUUUGGAAAUUAAUGCAAGACUAGAUGGUCUGGAAAGUAUAAUGCAAAAAUAUUUUGGUGAUAAGGAUUACACUGACAGUUAUUUUGGAAAAGCUUUUAAUUUGCCAAACAUGGAGUUGAAACAAAAAAAGAGAAGAGAUAUUAAACCAUCAUACUUUGAAGAAUUGGACAAUAUGGUCAAUAUGAGAAAACCUGUUCCACAUGCUUCUAUAGAUUUAAAAAUUUUCAACAAUGAUAUUCAUACAUUUGGUAAUGAGGACAUACCAUUUUUGAAUGGUCAAUGGGAUGAUCUUAACAUCAUAAAGGGGGUGUAUGAACUCACAAAAGGAAAGCAAAGUACAUUUAAGCAAAAUAUGAUUCUCCUUGAAGCAUCUCAUUCUGUACCAACAAUUCUUGGAUUACCUUUAAAAAUUGGAGUAAAUGGUUCAUCUAUAGUUUCAUUUGAUUUGAAGGCAAAAUUAUCAACUCAAAAUAUUUUAUUUGGCACUAAAUCUGCAACUGUUGAUGUUUAUUUAAAUCCCAGUGUAUCAACCCAUGUUUCAGCUAAAUUAAAUAUUGAAUGCAUUGGUGUAGGAGAGAUUGGUACAUCCUUCAAGAUGAACAUGCAUGCUGCUAAAAAAAUCAGUGCUAAAGCAGAGUAUGCUGAAGGAAAAGAAUUAAAAAUUGAUUUUGAUGCAGAAAAACAAGUCAAUGAUUUAUUCAAUGUCAGUUAUAACAUGUUUCAUGUUCUCACUGGGAAGGAAGAAACAAUGAAAGGUAUUGAAAAAAGAUCAUCGAUUGACAUAUGUCUUGAUGAUAUUGUAAACAGCACAGAGAUUUUUGGAUCUGAUACGUGCAUGAACUUAUCCUUUCCAAAUGGCUAUUAUAAUCAAUCAAUGCCAUAUUUUCCUUUGACUGGUCCAGUCCAAUUAGGCAUUAUAAAUUAUCCCAAGGAUGCUUUGUUAAAAAAGUAUUCAUUUCACUUGAUAAAACAUGAUAAUUUGUAUGAUUUAACCUUAAGCACACCAGGUAGUUCAAUUGAAAGAAAUUACUUCAUAAGUCUUGGCUUAAAAAGUUCUCAAGAUCAUGGUUUAGUUACGUUAUCAUUUGGAGAAAAUCGCAAAGGAAUUACUUUGAAAUACAAAUUUAAUAAUAUUACAAAUGAGUUUGAAACAUCAAUAAAUUGCAACUUUACUACAACACCGCUUUCACUCUUUAUGCAUUAUUACAAUCAAAGUGAUCAGUUUACAUUAAACAAAGCUAUUGGUGAAGUGAUCAAUUUAAACUUUGGAGAUUAUUAUAUGAAACACUCAUCAUUUUACAAUACUAACUAUGAUUAUUGGGCUCUUGGUACAAAAACUGAAUACUUACCUGGCAGAGUAAUUGCUGGUAAUUUAAAAAUACAAUACAAUCCCCAAGUUCUAACAUUUGAGCUAUCACACCCGACUACGAGUUCACUAGUUUCUGGAUACUUUAGUCCAUCACUUCCAUAUUUAGUUGGAGAGCUUAAUAUUACGCAUGGAAAUAGCAUAGAUAUUAAAGGAUCUGGUAGGAUUGACAUUGCUAACUGCAAAGUUGAAGGAACUGUAAAUGCUCAACCUUUCAAUCACCGUAUAACUGCAGUUGGUGUAUGGAUCCCAGAAGACAAAGUUAUAACACUGGAUGCAAAAGUAAAUGAAAACCCAGUGUCAUGGAAAGCAAACCUGGCUACCAUUGAUGGCUUAAAUUAUGCUUCAAGUCUUCUUCAAAUAUCAAAAACGGUUUUAAAAAAUAAUUUCUCUUGGAACAGCAAAGUUUUCAACUCUGAUAUAUAUGUUGCAGAAAAAAAACUAUUUCAAGUAGCCAGUAAUAUUGAAAAAUAUUCAGAUGAUCAGAUUAAUAUUUUUGUUUCAUUUUACUUGAAAGAUUCUCUUUCAAAAUUUAAUUUGAAAUUUAAAAACUCUUCAUCCCUACAAGAAGUUAGUGUUGAUGGGAUAUUCCUAAAUAAGACAUAUGGAUAUUCUUUGAGUUCACAUGUUGAAGAGUUUUCAAACAACGUUAAAUUAAAUGUAUUAUCAAAAGGUGGUGUUUUGGAAGAGUUUAUUUCAUUGAAUCAUUCAAGAAAUCAAUAUUUCUCUACAACAGUUUUAAAAAUAGUUGAUCAUGCAUAUAUUAGUCUUAAAAAAAAUAAACAGAAACUUGAGUGCACUGGACAGCUCUAUGGUUUGAAUUUAUUACUUGUAAAAGAUUUGAUGGAACAUCAUGAGAAAGCUUCAAUUGCAAUAUCUUACAUGAAUUCUCAAACAUUCAAACAAGUCUUCAACAGUACAUUCAGUUAUCAAACAUCUUUGAGCAACAACCUUGAUGAAAAUAUUUUUUUAUCAAUUCAAACAGAUUAUUUAAAUUACAACGCUACUUAUGAAUUUGAUAAUAAUGUAUCGAGUUUAAGUUUGCAUUUGUUCAAUCGCACUAGAUUUACGGAAGAAGACCUUCUAGAAAUUCCAUCUGAUGAUGUAAUUUCAUUGCCAUCAUAUGAAGUUGUUACUUUUUGGUGGCAAGAUAGCGCAUUAAAGAAAAUUGAGUUCAAAACACAACCAAUUGGAAUUUUUUCAAUUGAAUUUAGUUUAAAUAAUUAUAUUGUAAAGACAAAACGAAAUGACACUUCAUAUUUUGAACCUUUGUUUGUUUUUAAUAUUCAGCAAGAUAAUAUCGUUCAUUUUAAGAUAAUGAAAGAAAACUUUUUUUUGAAUAAUUUAUUUUCACUAUAUGAAAAUGAUAUUGAAAAUGUGAAGAUUGUUAUAUCAACUUUAUUUGGACAGUUUGCCGAACAAGCACUGAACAAACUUGAUGUUAGCAAGGAAAAAAAAAUGAUAAUGCUUGAUAACCUUAAAAGUUCUGUCUUUAUGUACUUUACAAAUUUAGAAUGCAAUGGUGAAGAUGUGUACAAGAAAUUUAUAAAUCAUAGAUUAACAGAAGAUGAAAUAACAGAUUUUAUUCUUAGAUUAUUAUAUAUUUCUAAUUCAAGUGAAACUUCAAAUUCAAUUAAAAAUGUUCCCCUUGCAAGCACUAAAAACAGUACAAUUAAUAUGUUUUAUUCUAUGGCUUGGUUAUUGUUGAAUGAAUCUAGCGGAAGUUCAUUUAACAGAGAAUUUGUUUCUCAUGCUAAAAAUUUUAUUGAUAUAAUACAUUCUUCAUUUAACUCUGAUUUUAUGAAACCACCUAACCAACAAAAGUUUGAUCAACUAACACAGCAUUUUUCUUCAGAUAUGAAGACCAAGUGCUCUUUAAUUAUUCAAAACAUUGUAGAUUUUUUAAAAAGGUGGAAAUAUUGGCCUGAUAGAACUUUUGAUGAGAAUUUAAUAAAUUUUUUUGAAGAACUCAGUAAUAACAAAACAAUUAAGGUUUUAAUUUUGGAUUGGGAAAAACAGUUUAUUAACUUCUUUCUUAAGCAAAGUAAAGUGCCUGAUGAAAUAUCUAACAGCAUUACAUUGUUUACUGAUGAUUUAGAUUACGUUAAGCUUAUAUCAAAUGUGCUUAAGUAUAUUUUAUAUAAUAUGAAUGUUACAGAAAAUAUUGAAAUGCAUUUAAAUGAAAUUCUCAGUUCUGCUACGCUUGAUCAGGUUUUGUAUAAAUUUUGUAGCAUUGUUACUCUUCAUGGUAAAUUGAAUGAAGACAACAGAUUUUUCCUAGAAUAUUUGAAAAAUCAAAAUACCACAAUGUUUUUUGAAAAAUCAAAGAUGACUUUGUCAAGAUAUAAAAUCCCUAAAGACUUUCUAGAUGAAGUUUUUAGUUUUUUAGAAAAGAAACAGCCGUUAGAGCAAUAUAAAGAUAUAUUAAAACUAGCUACAACUUCUUAUUCAUCUAAAAUAUUUUUGAAUGCUAUUGAUCAAGCAAACAGUUUAUUGUUGUUAAAAUUUCUUAGUUUACUUUUAAAAGAGGAAAAUGAGUACUUGCAAACAAUGAAAAUUCUUGUUUCUAAUGAAACCCAAGCAAUUCAAAAAGUGAAAAAUGUUUAUAAAAUGUUUUUAAAAUCUGAAUAUGUUUCACAAAAUGGUAUCCAAGAUUUUAAACAACUAAAUGAUUUUUUGAGUGAAAUAUUCCUUGAGGAUCAGAAUAUUUCAAAUAAAUUGAAAUUAAUGGGCUUAGACUACCAUAAAAAAUUAAAGAUUUUACUGAAAGAAAGAGUCUCAUCAAAUUGGUACAAUAGAAUUAUAGACUUUAUUAAUAAAAUUGAAAAGCAUUUAAUUGGCGUUGAUGUUCGAAAACUUUCGAUUAAUGCAACACUUGAAAUUCUGAAUUUUGUUGAACAAGUUCACCGGGAUGCUUCUCUAUUUGUGGGGAAUAAGCUGGGUAACUAUUUGUAUGAGGACAUUGUUUCAUUAUCAAAAGGGUUACUUUCAAGAACGAUUUUUAAUGGCGAAGAUGCACUUAGUAUUUUAACAAGACUUUCAAUUGAUUUGAAUGAAAAACUUUUAUUCAUCUUGAGAAUAUUGAAGCAGUUUUCAGAGACAGAGUUAAAACAUUUUACUCAGAAUUUUGUUAAAAACAACCAAAUUGAUUACUAUAAAGUUUAUCAAUCAAUUUGGAAUGAAAAAUUUGCCAGUAAAGAUAACAUUAAACAUGUCAGUGAGUUAUUGAAUGGUUUGGAGCAGUAUCUUUUAGAUGAAUCAAUCAAGUGGACUGGAAACUACUCUUUAAUAAACACUUUAAGCAACCUUAUUUAUAUCAUACAGUCUGUAAAUUAUUCUGAUAUCAAUAUGUUUAUUGAUAGCUACAAACAAAUUGAUUUAAAUAGCUUAAACAAUUCUACAAUAGAUGCUUACAUAAGUAUGCUUCUUCAUAUUAUGGGCCAAGUUGAAAUUGGAAAUAAAAGUAUUGAUUUGAUCAUUUAUGAAUAUAUUCCAAAGUUAAUGCAAUUUUCUAAAGCAACUUCUGAUUAUUUGGACAUAUUUUUAUCAAAGUAUAUCAGGCUAUUAGAAAAUGGAAAGCACAGCGUAAGUAAUGGUUUUCAGUAUCUUAAAGACAAUUUAAAAAAUCAAAAACAGAACAAAUUUAUAAAGUUCUUGAUUGAGGUAUUUGUUCCUGGUAUUGAUGGAUUACUAGCAUUAAUUGAAGAGUAUAAUCCUGAAUUUCGGAGUUUUUUUGACGACCAUGAUCAUGCUUGUUUAGAUCUGUUAAAAAAACUGGAAACCAAUGAAACUUUUCAAUACAAUACAUUAGUUCGAUUUCCAGUAAUUAACUAUGUCAAUGGGAAAUCAGAGUUUAACACAACAGCUUGUAACAUUCGUAAACACCUUGGUAUUAUUAUUAGAUUAAAAAAAGAUGAUAUGUUUUUAGACAAAGUUUUAAAUCAAGUGGAUAACAUUGUUUUGAAGUUGUUUGAUGAAGCUAAAACAGAAGCGUUGGUUUCUCAUAAAACAGGUGUUGGUUUGUUGACAGCAUUCAGAAACACUAAUUAUAAAUCAAAACUAGUGUUACAUAACAUUACUUUCAAUGUUAUUUUACCGUUAUUAUCUUCGUUAAAGUAUUUUGAAGCAUAUAGAUUUCAUCAACAAUAUUUGAGUUUGGAAGAGCAAGACUUUUUAAAAAUUAUUAAAAGUUAUUUAGUUACUCGCUUUGAACAUUUUACUAUGAUAUCUGUUGACAAAUUUCUUAAUGAAAAUAUUCCAGUUGCUAUAAAAUCCUCUAAAAAUCAUUUGAAACAUACAACUCUCAUAACUAUGAAAAAUAUUGAUAAAAUGAAGGCACAGUUUUCAAAUCAAUUGUUUGUUAUAAAUCCAAUAAGUUAUGUAAAAAAUAUACCAAAAAAUAUUUUUGACCAGCUCUCUGAAAAUAUUAGGAAGAAUCGAACCAUACACACUCAUCGUUUACAUAUGCUUGAAGGUAAAGUUCGAAAUACUCAUCAAAUACUUAUAAACAAAAUGGCAAAAAAAGCAGAUCUUGUGCAAGAGGUUAUUGAGAAUUUACGAAAUAGUUCUAAAAAAUUAAUUUUUGAAACUUUUCCAGUUGUAUCACAAAAUAACAUUUUGCUUGAGAAGUUAAUAAAUAACUCUGAAAGUAAUAUUGUUAAUGUUAAUCUCAAGCAAAAGCUUAUAAUUUUAUCAAACAUUUCCAGAAACGUAAGAAGUCAGAAAAUUGAAGCAGUUCACUCUUUUGGUGUUAAGAGUAAUUUAACUAAAAAGUUUGAUUUAUUUAUGAAAGAAAUUAAAGGCAAGUUUAUUGAUGCUGACGAUUUGCACUUGAUACAGAAUUCGUUUAAGUAUUUAAUAAUGGAUUUUAAGCAGUUUACCAAACAACUUAUAUACCCUCAAGUAGCUUACAUCGUCACAUACCUUGAUGGAAGCAUAUGCCAAUUUAAAUUGAAUUUAAGUCAAAUUUAUAAAGAAAAUAAUGAUAGUUACUUAUUUAAAUGGCAAAAAUCUUAUGAUGCUGUUCAGAGUGAAAUAUACAAAUUAUAUAAGAAAUUAAGGGGUUUACAUUUAACCGUUGAAAGAAUAGGUUACAUAAACAAAGAAUUUCUUAAAUUUAGAGCUAUUCAUAAGUUAUUAGAAGUUCAAAUUGAACCUAUCAUUCAAAGUUACAUUAGUAAAAUAGACAAUUUAAUAAAAAUACAAUCAGAAAAAGCACAUUUUUACUAUAGUAUACUUUAUCCUUACAUCAGCCAAAGACCUGAGUUGAUAAUUGAAAUGGGAUUAAAGAUAUAUCAAAGGCAGUUAAUGCACAUUGCUUUGAUUGUAAACAAAGCUAUUGCUAUUAGGCCAUUAAGCCAGUUUGAAGCUUAUACUGGUAAAUUUUUUCAAGUUGCUUUUGGGAAGAAAAAAACAACAAUAUUUGCACCAUUACCAAGAACUGCGUAUCUUUUUACAAAAAGUUUAAUUACAUUUGAUGGAAGGGCAAUUUUCUUUCCAACUGAUUUUCAAUCUAAAAAAUGUGUUUUUUUACUUGCUCGUGAUUUUUUGUGGAAACGUUUUUCAAUUUACAUUCGGGCGAAUAUUUUUAUUGUUGAUUUCAAUAACAGUUCAGUUCAGAUUGAAAUGGAUACUAGAAAAGUACAUGUGUAUGGUACAGAACACACUAUUGAUCUUCCUGUUCAGAUAAACUUUAUUUCAGUUACAAGAUUACCAAAUCUAGUAAAAAUUGAGCAUGCUUUUGGUUUAGUAAUUUAUUGCAGACUAGAUGUAUUUUCUUGUAAUAUUACUGUAUCAGGGUAUUAUCACAAUAAAACAUUAGGUCUUUUUGGUACAAAUAAUGUUGAUCACUCAGAUGAUUUACGAACACCAAAUGGAAAAUUAGCUUUAGAUCUUUUAGAAUUUUUAAAUGCUUUUGAGAUGAGUAAAAAAUGCUUUAUUUCUGAUCCUUCUCAAAUUUUCUCAAACCGAAUUGCAAAAAUCAGAGCAGAAAAAGAACCAAAGUGCAUUGAUGUUUUUAACCAAAUAAGUCAAGAUAAUUUCAUGGUAAAGACUGCGUUUUUAUUGGCUUGUUCUCUUGAAGAUAUUUGUCUUGUUGCAUCCUCUUUUAUGGAUCGUCCCAAUGAGGAUUCUAAACACUUGCUUUCUUUUCCUCCUGUUUGUGAAACCUGUAGAGACUCUGUGAUAAAAAAGCGAUAUGACCAGCUAAACCAUACAACUAUAUAUGUUCAUGUCACUUUGCUUAUAAAGCUAGUUCCUGAAAUUGAGAAAGGCCUUAAGAAGUUGAUUGUUUUGGCUCCACGUCUCCAACGAGAACUAGGAUCAAAAUACAGGUUACAAUUUUCUGUAGUUGGUUUUGGAGGCAGAGGCUUACAUGAAGAGCCUCACAUUCAAACUGGAAAUGGUGAGGUAAAUAUGGAUGCUAUAAAAGUUGAAAAAGCUUUGCAUAAAUUGAAUUUCAUAGGAGAGCAGAAUAACAAGAGACUUGGUCUUAAAGCAUUGAAAUUUGCAAGUGAAUUAGAACCAGAAUUUCAAAGUCUUCUGAACCCUACCAAAAUUUUUAUUCUUUUUGAUGACGAUAUUUUAUAUACAAAUUCUUUGCUUGAAAUAAUGGAGGUCCAUCGCUCUAUGACAAAACGUGGAAUCAUACUUAACGUUGCAAAUAAUUAUCGGUUAGAGCGUGAUGUCAUUGGAAAAGACAGCUUUGGAAUGCGCUACCUUAAUCGAUUGCCUAAAGGUGAAAAGCAUAGCUCUGUUCAAUUCCCUCCACCCGAUGAUUAUAUGCCUCUUAUAAAACAAAGUCAAGGUGCAGUAUUUACGUUGAAGGCAUUUGUUUCAAAUUUACCUAUUUGGGAAAAGUCUUGGCACAUUGCAUUAAGUAGUGCUCUUCAACUUCAAGUUGCUAGAGAUAGAAAACUAUGUAAAGAAUGCGAUUGUAGAUUUUGUAAGAACGUAAAAAAUGAAGAAUGCGAAUUCGAUUCGUAAUCGAUUUUAAAUUACACUCUUAAACGAUUUUGAAUUACGUUUUUAAACGAUUUUAAAUUAAGUUCUUAAACGAUUCAAAAAAGCUCCUAUGCUUCUAAAAAUUUUGUAUUUAAACUUACCUUUUAAAUUUUUUUAAUGCUUUAAUGAUUCUUUAAAAACUUUGCU